UAAUCGUAAAGAGUUGUAAAUAAUGUAACCAGUUUUAGUCGCGUUUUAAUUUUUUUUUUUAUAUAUAAAAGUAAAGUUUAUGCAGCCGUACCGCCCACACGUGUGAAUUAAUUAAAAAAAUGAGUAUACAGGAUGAAAGUUUCCCCCACGAUGAACUUUUCGAAAUGGACUUAUCGCCAACGCCACCACAUCAUCGAAUUCAAUUUCCACACCGCUUGCGAGAACGUCAACAACAAGGGCACAGUGGUGACAGCAUCAAAAGCCCACUAACGCUUGUACACAAUCUCAGCGUCUCCAGCUCAUCGGCCGAUCAGACUAUAUCCUCAGCCGAAUCAGCCUCAGAGCAGCGCACUCAGCCCGCUGGUUUGGCGACCUUGGCAAGCGACGAACGCAUGGUUAAGAGCGAUCAAACUGGGCUUUCCACUGGUGGUGGCGUAGGCGAUGCGCACCAUCUGCCAGAGCAUGACCGCAAGUCUUACUCUUACCAUGAUAUUCACUCGCAGUAUACGAAGCGUCGCUUCAAGCACGUCGAGAGCAAAGUCGGACAAUAUAUAGCAAAUAUACGUAGCGAAGAUGAACGACGCCGCAAGCUAGCGAAAUUUCAAAGACACAGUUCGAUGCCCGAGGUGCUGGUACACGAACCGCUGCCGCGGAAGACGGCAAUGCAGUUGCAUCGCGGUGUGACUUUAACAGCCGCAAGGUUGAAUGAAGCGCUUGUGGGCGUAAUCGAUGCAGUCGACGAAGAGGAGCAGGAGGUGGAGGAAGAAGUGGAGGCGGAGCCCGAUGCCAGCGCAGACUGGUCUGCCAGCAACGUAACAGCAAUAACUACAGGUACCAUUUCCACACAAAGCGGCAGUGGCGCGGCUGACGAAGAAGACGUCUACAUUGAUAAGAGCACAUACGCGCUGCUGUUGGAUGAGCGCGAUCGCUUAAAAUCUUACAAUGACUACCAGCAAUCGAAACUGGACGAAAAGCAGAGCGAAAUUACGCGCCUCAGACAAAAUGUGGACUUCUUGCGCGUGCGUCUGAGCACAGCCGAAGAUCAGCUCAAGAAAACUCAGUGUGGUCGUUACACAUUGCAUGGGACUUCACUCUCAGGUUCGUUGGGUGGCUAUGGGCAGUUGGGACGACAGCCGUCGCAGAGUUUGCUCCACUGCGCGGCAAAGAGUACGAAGGCGACGCAGACAGAUUGCGAGCGAAGCCGAUCGCCACCACCAGCUCCACCGCCAUCACCUUCACCGCUAAAUAUUGGGCUACCGCACGACCACGGAGACGGCGAUGACGAGCUGCAUGUUUUUGUGACACCUAACACGCCGGAUGCGAAUAACAAUUUAUGCAGCGGAGAUGGCACAAUGGAGGUGUGCGGUCGAAAUGCUAAGAACGUGGCGGCUAUACAACCAAUGUCGCUUUAUUUCAGCAGCUGCACGGAGGAGAGUGCCGAAAGGCGAACGGCGAAGGAGAGUGUCGCAUUGCGCAGGCGCAGCAAUUCCCUUAAGGUCCGACAGCAGCAGGCUGAACCGAGCAAAGCAAGCGGUAGUGGCAGCGGCACGUCCCAACACAACUCGCGCACCAGUCAACCGAGCAGCUCAGAUUCAGCCAUUGAGGUAGAAGUGAUCGACUUGUCAUCGUCGCCGAAACCGGCACGCCGUAAGCGUUAUAGCACCGAUCGAGAUGGGCGUGGAACAAUUGCACCGAAAAUUCGGCCACUAAAAUACAAUCACGAUCCGCGCACACCCUCGCCCAUGGGCUUAUGUAUUGAGCGUUGUCCCAAUAGCACUGCUGUUGAUAUCUCUGACACGCCAGAGGUGCAAGGCCCUCGCAAGUUGGCCGCAAAAAGGAGUGCUGGUGGCCGUCGCAAGUCUAUUUCUCGCCGUUGGUUUUAUUUGCUCGGCAGUUGCAUGCGUUGCAGCAAUCGGCAACAGACAGAGAGCGAGCAGUACGCUCUUCAACAGACUUAUACCCAAGUUCCGCUACUGGAGAAUACUUUUGAGCGUAGCGGCAUACAGGUGCGUUCUAACUAAGGCGAGAUGCCUCUUUGAGUUUAAUGUUUUAUUAUAUUUUUUAGUCAUAAUUUGUUAAGAUCUUUAUUUCGUGUUUAAAAUUGAAGUUCACGUUUUUUUUUUGUUUUUGAUAUUGCCAAGUUUAAUUUUAUGUAAUUAAUUAUUUAUUGUUUAAGGGUUUCUUCCUAUUUUUAUGUUAGUGUUUUAAAUAAUAUUAUCUCCUCCAAAAUCUGU